CAUUGAGACCAUCCAAGGAUCUCAAAAUCCACAUCCCCCCUUUUCCUCUCUCAAUUGGCUAAAAAUGAUCCACAGCGCCAAAAUGGCAGUAGCCACACAGAGCUCAGUUCUCUUCUUCUCUUCUCAUGAAAUCUGAUCCCAUUUAGGGUCAGGGUUUCGUCUUCUUAUAAAAAAAAAAAACAUCUUCAAUGUCUCGUUCCUUUGCUCCCCCUCUGCCUUCAAUUAAACCAACGCUCUCUGAUUCCAACAGUAGGCGCUUCUUCACCAACAAGAUUUCCUCCCAUGGAAGCAAAGGUGGGAUUUUGAGGAGGGGUUUGGUGUCAAAAGGGGUAGCUUUCGCGGUGUUUUCUUCUUUGGUGACUGCAGAUCCAGUUCGAGGAAUGGAAAGGUUAGCAUUUAAGCCAGAGGGUUAUAAAUUUUGGACCUGGAAAGGUCACAAAAUACAUUAUGUUGAAGAAGGAAAUGGGCUUCCAGUUGUUCUUAUUCACGGAUUUGGUGCUUCAGCAUUUCAUUGGAGGUACAACAUUCCUGAGUUGGCAAAAAAGUACAAGGUAUAUGCUAUAGACUUGCUUGGAUUUGGUUGGAGCGAGAAAGCCCUUGUUGAAUAUGAUGCCACUGUGUGGAAGGACCAAGUAUCUGAUUUCAUGAAAGAAGUUGUUAAAGAACCAGCAAUCUUAGUUGGAAACAGCCUUGGAGGCUUCACAGCUUUGUUAACAGCAGCAGCACUGCCUCAGCAAGUUCUUGGAGUUGCGCUAUUAAACUCUGCAGGACAAUUUUCAAAUCCAAACGCACAGAUUAAGGCCAAAGAUGAAGAAUCGGUUAUAAAGAAGCUCAUAAUCAACCCGCUGAAGGAAGUGUUCCAAAGAAUUGUUCUUGGAUUUCUUUUCUGGCAAGCAAAGCAACCUGCACGCAUCAAAUCAGUGUUAAACAGUGUAUACAUAAAUCCCUCCAAUGUAGAUGAAUAUCUUGUAGAAUCAAUUAUGAAACCUGCAACUGACCCCAACGCUGGAGAAGUCUAUUACCGACUGAUGAGUAGAUUUAUGACAAACCAAACCAAAUACACACUUGAUAGCCUCCUGAGCAAGCUCUCAUGCCCUUUAUUAUUACUAUGGGGUGAUUUAGACCCUUGGGUUGGCCCGGGCAAAGCUGCACGUAUCAAAGAGUUCUAUCCGAAGACUUCUGUUGUGAAUUUGCAAGCAGGGCAUUGUCCUCAUGAUGAGGUUCCUGAGCUCGCCAACAAAGCUUUAUUAGACUGGUUAUCAUCUUUAGAAUAAAGUUUGAGUUGAUAUAAUUACACAGAGAAUUGAUGUUUUAAAGAUAUUGUUCAUAUGAUACAGCAUGCUUAUCUCUUGUAAGUAGCAUGUACAUAAGAAAUUUUGUGAUUGAUUUGAAUCUUAUGUAAUCCUCAAGAUCUUUUCUGUGAAUUUUUCAACUAAAGUUUAAGUUGAUUUAAUUACGCAGGGAA